AACAAACCCGACUUACUGGUGCAGUGCGCACAGUGAGGUUCCAGUGUAAAACUGGCACUUAUCAGCAUGAUCUUCACCCAGUAAAACUCAGCAUGGUCCCGAGGUGAUAACGUCCGGUAACUCGUACUAGAAUGAUAAAUGAACCAGGCUCCGACUCUCAAAUCAGGCUAUCUAGUUACAGUAGUCGAACAUACUCUCCCACCUUAAAGUUUGUAUACAAACGACGUGUACCGAUCUCGACAUUUCCCCUUAGUGGAGGAGCAAUGCAGGACUACUGAUCCUCAAUGGCCGGUCUUCGGAUUACCCGAAUUGUGUUGUAACUCGUGAACGUGCAACAAUGCACCGGAAGCUGUGUUCAGUCUGGAGACUGGUGCUCCUAUGUGCUCUGUUAGAGUUCAAGAUAUCCCGGUCGUACCGAGAUACGGAGGAGAGGAGACAUAACCAAUACAGUUCGUACAUGAACAGCCCUAUUCCUCAAUUAAACAAGAACAAAGUGAACACACUCGGUCCCGUGCUAAAACGACACGUGUCGGAGUUGCGCGAGACGAAGAACAAGAAGGUUGACAUCAUCUUCCUUGUGGACAGUUCGUCAAGUGUUGGGCCCCACGACUUCAUCAAUGAGGUGAAGUUCGUGAGGAAACUGUUAGCUGAUUUCACAGUUGACUCCAAUCACACUCGAGUGUCGGUGGUGACUUUCUCCUCCAAAAGUCGCGUGCUGCGUCAGAUAGACUACAUUGCCGACAGUACGGAGGACAAACACAAGUGCUCACUCUUACAAGAGGACAUUCCUAAGAUCAAGUUCAGAGGCGGAGGAACAUACACACUGGGGGCAUUUCUACAGGCAAAGGACAUCUUGGCCCACUCCCGCCCAGAUUCCAAGAAAGCCGUAUUCCUCAUCACUGACGGUUUCUCCAAUGGCGGCGACCCCAGACCACAAGCUUACGUCCUACGUAAAAAUGGAGUGAAAAUCUUCACGUUUGGAAUUCGAAAUGGAAACGUGCAUGAGCUGUAUGACAUGGCCUCGGAGCCUAAGAACGAGACCUGCUACAUCCUGGACACGUUUGAGGAGUUCGAGUCCCUGGCACGCAGAGCUUUGCAUGAAGAUCUCAGUAUGGGUACAUUCAUGGAGCAGCCACUGGACCGCUGUUCUCACCUGUGUCACGGGGCAGGAGCAUGCUGUGACCCCCGGGCCACGUGUGGGUGUGGUACUCACGUGGGCCAAUUCCUGUGUGUCUGCCAGGGUGGUCACUACGGCACUGGCCUCCCCGGGGAUUGCUUCCCCUGCCCUUCCGGAACCUACAAGAGGAUUAGAGGGCCCGGUGACGUCACUUCCUGUACUACCUGUCCAGACCUCAACCACAUAACAGAACCUGGUGCUUUGUCGUCAUCACAAUGUUUCUGUAAAAAAGGUUUCAGGAGUUUCAAUGAGACCGGAUGUUCGGCGUUGACCUGCCCCGAGAUGACCCCGCCCAAACAUGGCUACUUCGUCAACGACAAGUGUAACAAUGUCUUCAACGCUGCGUGUGGAAUGAAGUGUAAGCCCGGGUACGAAUUACGCGGGAGUAGUCUACGAAUCUGUCAAGAGGGAGGAGUCUGGUCUGGCACGCCCACAAAUUGCAUAAUGAAGACAUGCCCCGCCCUGCCCAGGCCUAAAAACGGAAAUAUGAUCUGCAGUAACGACGAUUUCACGUUUUCCACGAUGUGUCGUUUCACCUGCGACACUGGGUACAAGUUGGUGGGCUCCCGUAAACGCCAGUGUCUAGCGAACGCGCUGUGGACUGGCAUCCCAACUAGGUGUCGAGAAAUAACAUGCCAGCCUCUUCCAUCUGUUCGAGACGGAAAUGUGUUCCCUGCCAUGUGCAAUCUUGGAGAAGUCUCAUUCGGAACAACAUGUCAAAUAUCGUGCUAUGCAGGAUAUACUUUGGUCGGAUCGAGUCGGAAACAGUGCACGCCUGACGGCAUGUGGAUUCCGUCCAUGGAUGGCGAAAUGAGCAGAUGUGAUGAUACGGAACCGCCAUUGCUCCGCUGUCCUUUCAACAUUGAUGUGGAGGCAGACGACACCGAAGACAGUGCUGAGGUGGACUGGAUUGUACCGCUAGCCCUGGACAACUCCGGGUAUCGGCCCUCCGUCACGGUGGUGCCCGCCGUCCAGCCUCCCAAACGUUUCCCUAUAGGUUUGACAGCGGUCAAGUACAUCGCAGAGGACCACCAAGGGAACAUGGCAAAGUGUCAUUUCAGCGUCAUAAUUCGAGAUGUCACCCCUCCAACAGUUGAUCAAUGUUACUCUCCUCUUCCGUUUGUUUCUGCUGAGCGAUAUGCAAAUGUCACAUGGAACGAACCACAGUUCAGUGACAACUCUGGUGAAAAGGUUCGAGUUGAAAGGUCACAUGAACCAGGUUUGUUUCAUCAAGGGACAACAAUCGUCCGAUACGUCGCCUUUGACGAGAGUGGAAACAACAGUACAUGUCAUGUGGAAAUUUCAAUCAUUCCGCACCCCUGCCAGUUCCCGGACGUCCCGCUUAGUGGGGCUAGGGAGUGUACCGAGGAAGAAGAUGGUGUUUACUGCCGGGUCACGUGUAACGAAGGAUAUGACUUCGCCAUAGCUCCAGCCGACGUGUACUUCUGUGCGUAUGACAACGUCUGGAGACCAGAGGACAAGCUGCCAAUUCCUGACUGCUCUGCCAAGGCAGUGUCUGAAGCCAUGACGCAGCCAGCCUCCAUCACUUACCUGGCUAGUGUGCCCUGUGCCGAACACAACGUCCUCAACGAAAUACAGCUGGCGUUUGAGAGAAAGGUGACGGAAAAGGUGAACGCGUUGUGUACCGACAGUUUCUCUUGCAGUGUGGAGAACUUCGCGACAACAUGCGAACAAUCUGAAGACUUCAAUACAAUCAGGGUCGUGCUUGGACGAGACAAGAGGAGCCUUCUCCGCACCAUUAAUCCUUAUACUAACCACGGACAUGGAGACACAAGAGUUGCCAAGCGAAGUUCUCCCGGGAUAACUACGAGCAGCAUUAUCACUUUCGACUUCGAUAUCAAAGGUGUGGUUUCAAAAACCGGAAAUGUUACAGCGGACAUAAGCCGACAAAAGGUGCUGACAGACAAGCUGUCCAAUGUCAUGACCAAGCUAGAAGGGAAAGCAACACACGGUGAGCUUGACCUUGAGAUGAGCGGGAAGCGAAUGCAGUUUGCCAAUAUGACCUACGACGCUAAAGGACCACGGCCGAACUGUAAACCCGGUAGUGUAGCUGUGAAUGAUUUGUGUGUUCCUUGCCCCAUUGGAACAUUCUUUAACAUUGUAUCUGAAGAGUGCGACUCCUGCCAGACCGGAAGUUUCCAGCCAAAGGAAGGCCAGGUUACCUGUGUGGUGUGUCCUCAUAACACGUCUACUCACGGAAAUAACUCAAAAUCUGAACGCGAAUGUAAAGCGCUAUGUCUACCUGGAACCUUCUCUAAAGACGGUCUCGAGCGGUGCGCCACCUGUCCUGUGGGUACUUACCAGACAAUUUACGGCAUGACAUCAUGUGACUCCUGUCCUAACAACCAAACAACAAUACGGCGUGGCUCCAGACAAGUCAUUCAAUGUAAAGAUCGGUGUGGGCUCGGUCAUGUAUCUAAGAAUGGUCUAGAGCCCUGUUAUUCAUGUCCAAGAGGCACUUACCAAACGGAAGUGGCCAUGUCCUCCUGUUUCCGGUGCCCAGGGGAUGGAACCACAGCUGAGCGCGGAACCACAAAGAUAUCCGACUGCCAAGGUGGCUGGGACCCACAGAUGCAGGCAGACGAUCCCCCAGGGGAAACGUUACCGCAGGCAGUGCCGGUGAAUGAUUGCUUCGACGACCAUUGUCAGAACGGGGGCACUUGUAACUUCAGAGAUUUUGGGUUCCAUUGCGAAUGCCUGCCAGGUUUUGAAGGAAUGAACUGUGAGACGGUUACGGAUGAGUGUGAGGGUAACCCGUGUCUCAACUCAGCUUUGUGUGUGGAUCUUGAGGCCGAUUUCUCCUGCCAGUGUGAACCGGGAUACACAGGGAAAAAGUGUGAGGUGGAUAUUGACGACUGUCUUACGCAACCUUGUCAGAACAACGGCACGUGCGUGGACGAGGUGAACGCUUACGUCUGCUCGUGUGCGACUGGCUACCAAGGUGAUGCAUGCGAACGUCUUAUAGAUGAUUGUAAGACCAACCCAUGUGAAAAUAGUGGAACAUGCGAGAACGUUCUAGAAGGUUACACGUGCACCUGCUCCACUGGAUAUGAGGGGGCAGAUUGUGAGAUAAACACGGACGAGUGUGAAAGUUCCCCCUGUGAAAAUGGCGCUGAAUGUGUCGACGGCAUUGGGGCAUUUCGGUGUCGCUGUCUACCUGGAUAUAUAGGGAAGACGUGUGACGUGGAUAUUGACGAGUGUGCCUCCACUCCCUGCUCUCCGGUUUCCACGUGUGAGGACAUGGUGGACGGAUACGUGUGCCACUGUCCGUCCGGCGUCACUGGCGCUAAGUGUGAAACAGAGCUUACAGACAAUUACAUGCUGGACUUCCCGUCGUCUGGGGUGACCAACUACACCACCACUACCAUCAACACCGACCUGACUGCUCUCACAGUCUCGUUCUGGAUGAAGACUGACGACGACACCAAUCAGGGAACUCCAUUUUCCUACUCCUCGUCAAAUACGAUGGAUAAUGCCUUCACUCUGACCAAUUAUGAAGGGUUUGUGAUAAGUGUAAACAACCACCAGCAGGUAACGGACGUGUAUGCUAACGACGGAGUAUGGCAUCACAUUAUUGUCACAUGGGCAUCAAACCGAGGCUCGUGGAAGAUUUACAAGGACGGUGUUGUCUGGGAUUCAGGCUACGAUUUGGCGGCGGGGGAAGUCAUCGCCGGUGGUGGCACUUUCGUUGUUGGUCAGGAACAGGAUCCCGAAGGCUUUAGCAGUAGCGAAUCAUUCAUAGGACAACUAACAAGACUAAAUAUAUGGUCUAAUGAACUUCCCUUGACAACCAUUGAUGAAAUGAGGAUUUCUUGUGAUGUUAAACAAGGCGAUGUGAUAGCUUGGGCGGAUGUUCAGUCUGACAUGCGUGGAACAUUAAGUGCAGAGCCGGCCAAUUUUUGUCGAGAUUGCCCGGUUCCGGUCACGCCUACCUACGGCACCAUCGAGUACGGUGGGACUUCGUCCGGUUCCAUUGUGUCGUACGCCUGUCUUCGUGGCUUCAAUGUGGCAGGGAGGGACAGACGGCAGUGCCUGGUAACUGGCGACUGGGAGGGGGGCAGAACGCCAACCUGUCAACGUGUAGAAUGUGGUUACCCUGGAAACAUUCACAAUGGCUUUGUAGAUGGCGUUUUCAGUUAUGACAACAGAGUUCGCUACACUUGUUACAAGAAUCAUAUACUUAUUGGCAAUGCAACUCGUUACUGUAACAGUGACGGUUACUGGGAAGGCUCAGAGCCUACCUGUCAGGCUGUGAAGUGCAGACUUCCAGAAUUGUCAGAGAACACAAGAGUUCUCAAUUCGAGCAGAGUUUAUUCCCCUGGAGAUGUAGUUGCUUUUGGCUGCGCUAAAGGUCACAGGAUGUAUACUAACCAUUCAACAGUUCUGUGCCAGUCCGAUGGAACAUUCCUAAGAAGCAUUCCUUCUUGUGAUCUUCAAACAUGUAAGACACCGCCCAUUGUUGAUAAGGCAUCACCUAGAGAGGAGCUGAGUGAAUCCUCAGUAGGUUCCAUCGUUACAUAUGACUGCGACUUUGCCUAUGCAUUGUCUGAUAAAAAUCCCUCUGGUACGCUCCGUUGUCUUCCGUCAGGGGAAUGGGAACAAAACCUCCCUGUAUGUAACAUCUUAACCUGUCAAGAACCACCAAAUGUCAUUAAUGGAAGGGCAAUUUGGACAUCAAGAACAUUUCUUAGUACAGCAGAGUACAUUUGUGAUGCAGGCUAUACCAUAAUCGAGUUAGAUAACAUAGCGGAAUGUGUUGAAACCAGGCUCUGGGAACCUCCACCACCUGAGUGUAUACCUGUGGACUGUGGUGUCCCGGACAGCGUACCCAAUAGUAUAAUCAAGGCGGACAGUUACACAUAUCGGUCCAUUGUAACAUACCAGUGCAAUGGAGGAUUUGAACUACAGGGUAAUGCUCAGCGAUCAUGUCUUCAAAAUGGGUCCUGGAGCGAAGGUAUUCCUACAUGUAGUCCUGCAUCUUGUGGCACGCCAGAUUCAAUCGAGAAUGGUCGAUUCGUCGGCAACGAAUUUACGUAUGGUAGUACAGUAAGAUACUCUUGUAAUGAUGGCUUCCUGAUGAGUGGAGUGGAAGAAAGGGCGUGUGGACAGGACGGACACUGGACAAGUCAAAUACCAAGUUGCAGAAGACGUGAAUGUGCUAAGCCACCUUUCAUUUCGAAUGGCUUCUUUACAAACAGUGCGUAUUACUUUGGUGAUGAAGUGAUAUAUGACUGUAAUGAAGGGUAUAAUAUUCAAGGAAAUACUACUCUGGCUUGUCAAGCUGACGGUUCAUGGACACCCUCUCCACCUACUUGUUCUCCUGUAGAAUGUCCGGCGUUACGGAACAUACGCAAUGGAUUAGUCACCAUGCUUGGUCGAACAUUCACAAGUAAAGUGGAAUAUUCCUGUGAUCCUGGCUACGAUUUAGAGGGAGAAUCCAUCAGGAUAUGUCAACCCGAAGGGUAUUGGUCUGGUAAGUCACCGUCCUGUCAACCAGGCAGCUGCGCUACUCCACUUCCGAUCCCAAAUGGAAAUGUUGAUUUCAAAGAACUUAAACUCGGUUCUGUGUCAACAUAUGAAUGUGAUACUGGUUAUGUACUGGAAGGAAAUGAUGUUAGAAGGUGUAUGACAACCUUAUCCUGGUUCGACACAGAUCCUGUCUGUAACCCCGUUAGAUGUAGUGAUCCGCCAACCAUUGAAAACGGAGGAAGAUCAACCAACGGCUUAUCGUUUCAGUCAGUUGCUUCAUACUUUUGCGAAACAGGAUAUGUUAUACAGGGUUCAACUACACUCACGUGUUCUGCCUCUAGAGAAUGGACAGGACUAGUACCUUCUUGUAGUGUAGUCCGGUGUGAAUCACCUUCUACGGUUACAUCCAACGGUCGCAUGCACGGAACAGACUUCACGUACAAUGGUACGAUACACUACGAAUGUGAUGUCGGAUAUAACUUGGUGGGUGCCGCUAACAGAACGUGUCUAUCUAGUGGAGCAUGGGAUACGCCCAUACCUAUAUGUGAAAUAGUUAAUUGUAACAGAGCCUUUCUCGCAAAUGGAUUUCCAUCCUCUUUUAGAACUGAGUAUGGCUCUCUCAUAUCGUUUACAUGUAGAUCAGGCUAUGUUCUGUUUGGGUCUUCCGAACGAACGUGUCGCGAAAAUGGUUUAUGGAGCGGCCCUUCUCCAGUCUGUGUAAUCUGCGAUCCACCACCAGCGGUAGACUUCGCCACGUUUACGGUUUUUGAUGACGGUGUGGUCACGUACGAGUGCAAUACCGGAUAUGAUCUUGAGGGACGCAGACAACUGGAAUGUCGAAUCGAUGGUAUAUACCCAGACAGACCACCAAGAUGUGUUCCCAAAGAAUGUCCUAGUAUAGACGGGGAGGAGGAAUUUCAAAAUGGGACCAUUACAUAUGAUGGAAAAACAGUAGGUUCGAUCGCAUCGUACACAUGUGACGAAGGAUUUGUUUUAGUUGGGAGCAACACUAGUAGGUGUUUGUCAGACGGACGAUGGAGUGGGAAUGUGCAAUUUUGUAAUAUCAUUCGAUGUGCAGGAUCUUUUUCCUUACAAAAUGGUGAUAUUGAAAAUGAAUUUAACAAUGUUUAUGAAACGGUGUUAUCGUUUAGAUGUAACGAGGGCUUUGUUAUGAUUGGUAAUUCAGCUAUCACUUGCCAAUCAGAUGGGACAUGGAAUGGAACAGAACCUACAUGUAACCAGAUAGAGUGCGAAUCUCCUGAAAAAUUACUGAACGGAGAGGUCAAUUUCAAUUCUCUUGCGUACGGCAGUGUUGUCACAUACACAUGUGAAACAGGUUUUGAAGCCAAUGGGACUUUGACUAGAAUAUGCGAGUUAAACGGAAAUUGGUCGGGUGUCGCUCCCACCUGUACCGCCAUUGCCUGUUCCCCACCGCAAUCGAUCGAAAACGGAGAAAUCCUUGGCAAUAAUUACCAUCUUGGAAGUCAGAUACGAUAUCGUUGUAAUUCGGGCUUUAUUCUCGACUCGGUCUCGUUCCGUUUGUGUAUGUACAGCAAAAUGUGGUCGGGUCCUGAGCCAAACUGCAAUAAGGUACGAUGUAUAUUACCACGAACGCCUCCUAAUGCCAGAAUCACGAGUCCGAGACAGCCAAACUAUUUUUAUGGGGAUACCGUCCAGCUUGAAUGUAAUGAAGGUUAUGAACUAACGAGAGGACAUCAUACUAGAAGAUGCGAGGCAACAAGAAAGUGGUCACGCCCCAUUCCCCGAUGUACAAUUAUAAUGUGUGAUGACAUUCCAGCUAAACCUAAUGCCAUGACAAAUCUCUUGAAUGGAACAACAACUUAUAAAAGCAUGGUUGAGGUACGGUGCAACGAAGGUUUUAAAAGCAUAGGCGGAUCGGUCGUUACUGCCACCUGCGAAUUGAGCGGCAGAUGGUCAGCAGUACGUAUCGAAUGUUCCAGAGCAGAAUGUGAAGAUCUUCCGAUCAUCAGCAAUGCACGGGUUAGCGGCGAUAGUUUCCUUUAUGGUGACACACUUACUGUCGAGUGUAUUGACGGGUAUUCCAUCAAUGGCGACACUCAAUUAUCGUGUCAAGGGGAUGGAUCUUGGUGGUCUGCCAUUGCCCCUACAUGUUCAAUCAUUUCAUGUGGAAAUCCAGGAGAGUUUGAGAAUGGGCAGAUUGAAGGUUCUCUGUUCGAUUUCAACCACGAAAUAGUUUAUGCGUGUGGUAUUGGAUAUGAACUCGUAGGAUCCGAAAGACGUACUUGUCAACAGAACGGAUUAUGGAGUGGUUCUGUACCAACAUGUCGACUUAUAACCUGCACUGUUCCUGCUAUUUGGAAAGGAUCACCUUCUUCUGUGAAAGUCCAAUAUGUCGUUGAUGACAUAGUGUCAUACAAUUGUGAUGAAGGUUAUGUCAUGGUUGGUAACACCGAUCUUGUCUGUACUUCCGAUGGAUCGUGGAAUGGCACACUACCCCAGUGUGAUAGAAUAACCUGUCCUCAGCCAGAAAGGAUAUUCAACGGUGAAGUCAUGACCAACGGUGAGGUCUACCAGAGUCGCGCUAUCUUCUCAUGCGACGAAGGAUUUGAAUUGGAGGGUGUAAAAGUGUUAAUGUGUAUAGAAAACGGAAAAUGGAGUGCCGAAUUUCCUGUCUGUAAUCCAGUCAGCUGUGGUGAACCAACAUUUGUCGCCAACUCUGGACGUCUGGGAGACUUGUACACAUAUGGAAACCUUCUCACAUAUUUCUGUGAAGAUGGGUACACCCUGGAAGGAGAUGAUGUCCUUGUAUGUUUGGAGGACGCCACAUGGUCAAGUUUCCCACCUCAGUGUGAGCCGAUCUCUUGCGGUACUCCACCUGAAAUACCACAAACAAUUCGCGCAGGCGACGACUUCAGUUUCAAGAAUAAGGUGUACUACACGUGUGAAACUGGAUACGAAUUACAGGGGAACAGUAUGCUUCGUUGUGCCGCAAACAGUAUUUGGGAGGGCAGCAUGCCCGUCUGUUCAGCAGUGGAUUGUGGCGCACCUCCAGUGUUGCCACACUCCACCACCAUCGUUUUUGCCACCACAUUCGACAGUGUUGUCACUUUCCGCUGUAACCCCGGGUUUACACUGAGAGGAGAUCCGAUGGUUAAAUGCUCUGCUAAUGGAACGUGGAGUCUUGACCGUUCUCUAUCCUGUCUUGCAGUGGAUUGCGGUCCCCCUCCCACGGUCCCGAAUUCCGAAGUGUCUGUAUCAUCAACGACGUAUCCCUCCGAGGCAACCUAUUCUUGUGCUGCUGGAUUUUUUAUGUCUGAGAAUGCUGUAUUACGUUGCGAUGAAACUGGCAAUUGGAUUGGGUUGAAUCCACGAUGUGAAAAAAACAGCUGUGGAGCACCGAAAAUUCGAAGCAACGUGAUCGUAAUCGGCAAUGACCAUCUUCUUGGCGGAACUGUCACGUUUUCGUGUCCUGUAGGUUACAUUUUGAUUGGAAAAACGAAUAUGAGCUGUACAUCUUCAGGGGAAUGGAGUGGUACCUCACCAGAAUGUCAAGUUGUUUCAUGUGGAGAUUUCCCGUUGUACGAUUCCAACCUUAUCGUUAGGACCGGAACGAAGGAUGAGUACGUGUACGCUGACAACAUAGAUUUGAUCUGCAAGGAGGGAUACGUUCUUGUGGGGACUUCGUCCUCUCAGUGCCAAGCCAAUGGAAGAUGGAGCGCUGUGAACCCAUCAUGCAUAGAGGCAAAUGUCGAAGCCUGCCCAGCACGACACGAUUUGGCGAACGCGAAUACCAUCCCUUCUGCUUAUAGAGAGGGCGAGAUGUACACAGUGGAGUGCAUGACGGGAUAUCGUGGUAUCGGUAACAUGGAAGUCACGUGUACUCCUGAGAACGUUUGGUCCAAUCCAAGUGGAAUUUGUCGAAGAAUCUCUUGUGGAAAGCCUCCAGUGACGGACAUGGUGAAUAUCAUCCGAAUAUCUGGUCGCUCCUAUUUUUACGGAGACAGAGUACAAUUCCGGUGUAGGCCUGGAAUAGCUCCGAUCAAAGUACCACCUAUCUUAUCAUGUCAGGCAAAUGGUGAAUGGGACGGCGAAAUAGCCUGCUCACUUCCUUGUAAAGGUGGAUGUUUCAACGGAGGACAUUGCCUCGGUUUGUAUGGAUGCAAAUGCCCCACCGGUUAUGGCGGUAGGCGAUGUGAAAAGGCCCUGUGUAUUUUGCCAUGCUUACACGGUGGAAGAUGUACGGCACCAUAUCAAUGUUCGUGUCCUUCGGCUUACACCGGCGUCAGAUGUCAAAAACCAAUCUGUAACCAGCCCUGUCAAAACGGAGGACAGUGCGUUAAACCGAACAGGUGCCAAUGUCAACAUGGUUUCAAACCACCUUUCUGUGCAAUCGGCAAGUGAGAUGACAUUCCUGCCCUUCCACCUACACACUACUACUACUAGCAGCCUGCCUCUGGUCAGUCAGUCUGUGGAGGAAGCCCGUGGCAGCUGCUCAGCAGCAUUCAACUGCGAUCGAAAGAACAACACUCAAUCCAACUCGAAGAUCAACCUCAACCACACAACAACAACCAAAACAACUACACAUCACGACAAAAAAAAAACACCAAAACUACUCAUCACAAACAACUAAACAUCACAAACAACUAAACAUCACAACAACAACCA